UUGCGCUAGACCGUAUCCUGGGCAAGAGCAUGUUGCAUCGCAGGUUUGUUCCUGCUGCCGGCGCCGCUGAACACGCGCCUCGAGAAGGCUUUCGACGAGGUAAUUCGUCGCGGUCCGACGCGUUGGGGACUCGAAGUGGGCUGUUGGGGUGGGGCCGCCUUUUAAGUGCCAACCACCCCUGGUCCCGACCUGCCGACCUGCACUAGCGCCUCCCCACACCGACUGGCAAUGGACAUGGACCCUUAGCUCACCGAAAAUCUUUGUGCAUGUCUAGGUACUUGUCAAAUCGACAUUUCAAGCAUCACGACCCAGAAACCGGGAGGUUUACACCCCCAGGGGAAUCUCGAAAAUGCCGAAAAGAAAGCGCUCCGCCGAAGAGAGCGUUGAGGAGAAGUUUGCGAGUCUGAGCCAGGACCUGCACCGAGCCCUGAAGACCACCAAGGGGUUCGAGAGACAGCGACAGGCAAAACGCCUCCGAGAUUCCAAGGGCGUGCCAGAUAAGAUCCAACGGCUGGAGAGAGAGGUGGCAGUGUUGAAAUCCCUCGACCUGCACCAAGCAGCGCACGCCCACCUCUGCUCCUCCCUGCUCAAGAUCAAGGCCGUUGCCGAGUCUCCCGGCCUCCCGGAGGAGAUCAGGUCGGGCGUACCCAAGCCGGACAUCUCGGAGGAGGAGAAGACGGCCCUCCACAACGUGACGAGCGCCCUAUACAACAAGAAGGAGGUCCGCGACGUUGUCGCGAAGGCCAUCCCGGCCAUAUGCGCCGCGCUGGGGGUUCCGGUGCCCGAGAAGAAGGGGAAGGGCAAGAAGGCCCGGCCCGAUGGACGCCCGGAGAAGGAGGAGCAGCCAGCGGAUAGGGAUGCCCCCGCCGCCGUAGCGGAGGCCCCUGCGGCGAAACGAGGAAAGCAGACCGCCCAGGAGGAGCCUGCUCUGGAACCUGCCGCAGAAGAUGGCAAGAGUGAGGACGAAGAGGAGGCAGUCUCCCGCUUCGAGGCGAUGCUGGGAGGCUCGUCGGAAGGAGAGCGAUCCGAUUCCGAGUCGGACGAGGAAGACGACCCUAUGGCCAUAACUUCCGACGAGGAGGAAGAGGAGGAGGAAUGGGAAGGUAUCGAGCUUUCGGGCUCAGAUAUUGGGGAGAGCGGGGAUGCAGACGAAGUAAAAGGCAAGGGGGCCAGUGUCAGUGUCAGUGUGGAGUCUUCCGACGACGACGACGACGAGGAAUCCAUAUCUAUCUCGCCUCCCCCGAAGAAAAGGGUAGCCAAGUCCGCAUCGGCCAGUAAGCAAGGCUGGAUCUCGGAUUCCACCUUCCUUCCCACCCUGAUGGGUGGCUACAUCUCGGGCUCGGAAUCCGCCUCGGAUGUCGAUGUCGAGCCGCCCCGCAAGAACAGGAGAGGCCAGAGGGCACGGCAAGCCAUAUGGGAGAAGAAAUACAAGGAAAAGGCGAAGCACCUCGGCAAGGAGAGUAAGGACAAGGACCAUGGUUGGGAUCCCAGGAGGGGAGCCGUGGAUGACUCGAGCAAGCCAUGGAAACGGGGUAUCAAAACGCCAUUCGGGGCAGCCCGGCGACAAGAGCCUGAGGGGGCAAACUCGGAGCCGUUGAGAUCAAGGACGAAGCCGAGUGGGAAACCCGAUGAUACGGGCCCAUUGCAUCCCAGUUGGGAGGCAAGGAAGAAGGCCAAGGAGAAGGAGGAAACGGCAAAGUUCGAGGGCAAGAAGAUCACGUUUGACUAGAACCCGGCCAGUUAGUGGAAAUCAGCUCGCAAAAAUUAAGAUCUAUCGAGAUCUAUCAAGUCAUCCUUUGGUGUCUGAACUGAUGAUGAGCUUCUCCUAAUCGUGUCUGCAGGCAAAGGGGGUUAUGCUAGGGGAAAUCGGAAUAGGGGCGUCUCAUCCCGCGACACCCUUCCAAAUGCAAACCACCUCCCUAACUGUCUAGGCCCCUGAGUCCAACCGUUGGUUUCGUGGUUAUCCGCCAAGAGAUCUAGCUCUCCUAUCAACCCAGUCCCACCCAAUCCACCCAAUCCACCCCAAAGAUCAACGUGAAGUGGAAGUGCAUCCAGAAUGCAGCUUCUCCCUGACGACG